AGCACUUCUGCAAGUUGGGCAGCAGUUGCAGUAGCAGCGUUCGCCCACCUGCAGGCGAGGAACGGAAAGUUACUCCUUUGCCGUAGCUGCCGCCGCCGCCGCCCCCCUCCCCAGGAGGAGGGGAAGGAAGCAUGCACGGGGCCCCUGGUUACUUCUGCGAAGGGCGUCUAGGCUAGGGCUUGCUCCCCGAGCACCGCGCUCCGGGGUUGCAAAUCCUAACCUCGGCCAUGGAGGAGCGAGCAUAGCUGCCAAGUUUUCCCUUUUCUCGCGAGGAAGCCUAUUCAGCAUAAGGGAAUUUCCCUUUUAAAAAGGGAGAACUAGGCAGCUAUGGGAGCGAGCCGUGUUGCUUCCGGAGGGACGCAGCUUUAGGGCCGCAUCGUCAGCCCGAGAAACCUCGUGAAGCGGCAAAGCGGGGAGGCAGGAAAGGGGGAGUCUGCGGAUAGACUGUAGCCUAAGCGUGUGUCUUCUUAAAAAUAAAGGUGGCAUGGCUGGAAGAGUUAAAGUUUUCGUCUCUGCUGCAGAAUUGAGGGUUAGGGUAAGAGUUGGGAAAGACCCAGGAAAGGGGCACCAAAACGAUCAAGGAGAUGGAGCAACUUCACCCCCUAUGAAAAAAGAUUGCAGCAUUUGGGACUUUUUAGCAGGGCCGGCCCACCCAGGAGGCAAGGUGAGACAACUGCCUCUGGCAGCAGAUCCCAGUGUCAGUCCUUCUCCCAGUCCCUGCCCUUCCUGAUGUAGAUAUUCCCUCACCCCUUCUUCCCUGGCAGGAAGGGGGCUGCCAUUUUGGGGUCAGAUGACCAGCCCUGCUGAUAGAAGCUUAUAAAAUUACUUGUGGGGUGGAGAAAGUGGAUAGGGGGGGGAAGUAUUUCUCCCUCUGUUAUAGCACUCGAAGUUGCCGACAUCCAACAAAGCGGAAUGUUGGAAGAUUUAUGACCGAUAAAAGGUGGUCCUCCUUUGCACAGUGCGCAGUCAAACUAUGGAACUCCCUCCUGCAAGAGACGGUGACUGUCACCAACUUGGUUGGCUUUAAAAGACCAUUAGACAAACUCAUGGAGAAGAAGAGGGCUAUCUACCCCUGAUUGGCCCCUGUGGGAACAGGAUGCUGGACUAAGAUCUUUAUUCAGUGUCUCAGACAAGACCGGCCUAGUGGAAUUUGCAAAAUGCCUCAGUUCCUUGGGUUUGGGUUUGGUUGCUUCUGGAGGAACUGCAAAAACCCUUCGGGAUGCAGGCCUGAAUGUCAGAGAUGUUUCUGAUCUCACUGGCUUUCCGGAAAUGUUGGGAGGGCGUGUGAAGACCCUUCAUCCUGCCGUGCAUGCAGGUAUUCUGGCUCGGGACAUCCCACAAGAUAAAGCUGACAUGGAUAAAUUGGAUUUCAGUCUUGUGAGAGUUGUAGUUUGCAACCUCUACCCCUUUGUCAAGACUGUUGCAUCUCCAGGUGUAACUAUUCCAGAAGCAGUUGAACAGAUUGACAUAGGAGGUGUUGCUUUACUGAGGGCUGCUGCAAAGAAUCACGCUCGCGUGUCUGUUGUGUGUGAUCCUGGGGACUAUCCCACCAUAGCAAAGGAAAUGCAGGCAUCCAGCGCUAAGGAUACAACUUUGGAAACUCGGCGCCAACUGGCUCUGAAGGCUUUCACUCAUACUGCUCAGUAUGAUAUGGCCAUCUCUGAUUACUUCAGGAAAGAGUACAGCAAAGGGGUGUCUCAACUUCCCCUGAGGUAUGGCAUGAAUCCACACCAGACUCCUGCUCAGCUCUACACAUUGAGGUCUAAGCUUCCUCUUUCAGUUCUGAAUGGCUCUCCUGGGUUUAUAAACCUGUGUGAUGCUCUGAAUGCCUGGCAGCUGGUCAAGGAGCUCAAACAGGCUUUGGGCAUUCCAGCCGCAGCCUCCUUCAAACAUGUCAGUCCAGCAGGUGCAGCUGUUGGCACACCUCUCACUGAAGAGGAAGCUCAGGUCUGUAUGGUGCACGACAUACACCACACCCUGACGCCCUUGGCAUCUGCAUAUGCGCGAGCAAGAGGUGCUGAUAGGAUGUCGUCUUUUGGUGACUUCAUUGCUCUCUCUGACACCUGUGAUGUCCCCACAGCGAAGAUUAUUUCCAGAGAGGUAUCUGAUGGGAUUGUGGCUCCAGGGUAUGAUGACGAAGCCCUCAAAAUCCUAUCCAAGAAGAAAAAUGGAAGCUACUGUGUACUCCAGAUGGACCCAGCUUAUGAGCCGGAUGAAAAUGAAAUCCGCACUCUGUUUGGAUUGCACCUGAUGCAGAAGAGGAACGAUGGCGUGAUAGACCGAUCUCUGUUCAAAAACAUCGUUACUAAAAAUAAAAGUCUGCCCGAGCCAGCAAUCCGAGAUCUGAUUGUUGCCAGCAUCGCUGUCAAAUACACCCAGUCUAAUUCGGUUUGCUAUGCCAAGAAUGGACAGGUGGUUGGCAUUGGUGCAGGGCAGCAGUCCCGAAUCCACUGCACCCGACUGGCUGGAGACAAGGCAAACCACUGGUGGCUCAGGCAUCACCCACGGGUGCUCUCCAUGAAGUUCAAAGCUGGAGUGAAAAGAGCAGAAAUCUCUAACGCUAUUGAUCAGUAUGUCACAGGGACCAUUGGAGAGGAUGAAGAUCUUGUCAAGUGGAAGGCGCUGUUUGAGGAAGUCCCAGCUUUGCUAACUGAGGCAGAGCAAAAGGCAUGGAUUGGGAAACUGAAUGGAGUCUCCCUCAGCUCAGAUGCUUUCUUCCCUUUUAGGGAUAACGUGGAUAGAGCAAAGCGGAGUGGAGUCCAGUUCAUUGCUGCCCCUUCUGGUUCAGCAGCUGACCAAGUUGUGAUCGAAGCCUGUGAUGAGCUGGGAAUAACUCUUAUUCAUACCAAUCUCCGUCUCUUCCACCACUGAAGCUUCCCCACGUUGCCACUGCAGACAUUCCUCUCUGCCCAUUUCUUGUCUCUUUGCUUCUGGCAGUGAAAGCAUCCUCAUUAAUGGGUUCUUGCUUG